UAGCUCGCUUGAACAACAAAAGCCUCGAUCGCUCAGCUGGAAAAUAAUUAUAACCAAACAUGGCGAAGCCGUCAAGAAGUACCAUUUGGUGCAUUUUGUUCUUUACUUUAUGGCCUCGAUGUAUUCAAACUCAGCGAGAUGGUGAUGUUAGGUUGAUGAAUGGUGGUCAAUCAUCCCGGGGUCGAGUGGAGGUCUACGAUGGCUUAGGGUGGACAUCUGUAUGUGAUGAUUAUUGGGACAAUGUAGAUGCCAUGGUUGUUUGUCGUCAGCUUGGCUACAGCACAGAUGGUGCUAUUGCAAGAUAUUCAGCAUACUACGGUAUGGGCAGUGGAUAUAUUUCACUUGAUAAUGUCAAAUGUUACGGCAAUGAAGAGAGCUUAAAAAGUUGUCCAAGUUCGUCCAUGCCAAGCAAUUGUAAACAUACUGAAGAUGCGGGAGUUGAUUGUGUCUCAAAGGAGGGAGAUGUGCGUCUAGUGGAUGGCUCAUCACGUAAUGAAGGUCGUGUAGAGAUCUAUCAUGAUAAUGAAUGGGGUACAAUCUGUGAUUCAAGAUGGGAUGAUGAUGAUGCUGCUGUUGUCUGUCGCCAAGUAGGAUUCCCAACUGAUCAUGCGACAGCUGUCUCUGAUGCGUACUUUGGACGAGGUAGUGGAAGAAUUGUACUGGAGAAUAUAAGAUGCUUCGGAACAGAGUCCAGUCUUUCAUCAUGUCUGUCUAGUGACUGGUAUCCCAGGUUUUGCUUACAUUUUGAUGAUGCUGGUGUAAUAUGCGGCCAAACUGAGUCUCGAUCGACAGGAAUAUCAUCAGUACUCAUUGGGUUUCUCUCCUUUGCUGGUCUUGUGAUGCUCAUCGUGCUUGUUGCCAUCAUCAUACGCAUUAAACGCGGGAACAAAUUAACAUGUUCUCUAUGGUCCAGAAUAAGACAUGUAGCUGAAAAUAUGAGGAACCCAGUUUCUUUUCAUGACGAGUCACGGAACUCAACUCAAGUUGAUCAGGACAGUCACCAUAGCAACUUAACACCGAAUGAUCCUCCCCCUGAAUACCCACUGACUGUUCAACUGAACGAGCAUCGUUCUUCGUACAACGAAGAGACUCCUAUUCAUGUGACAAAUAUUUCUUUAAAUGUAAACUUUGACAAUCAGCAAAUACUGCUCUUUCCAUCAAAUAGACAUAUAUCUUCACCGCCUCCUUAUAGUCUCUCCUCGGCAGAUGCAAGCAGUACUUUAUCCUCUGGAUUAAUGAUAUCACCUCCGCCUUACAGUGCAUCCAGUGUCCAUCAUCCAUUUAUUCAAGAUAAUGAGAUUGAGCAAAGUAACUCACGGAGAAGCAGGUCCAUUCCAGACAUGCACAGUUCAAAUACCGAACAGCGUGGGAUAAUCACCCCAUCCUCUUACUCUACUGACAAUAAUGCUUGUCCACCACCAUAUAUUGAUCAUGCAUCACACCAUUCAAGAUCAUCGGAUGACAAUUACGAUUAUGACCAUGUCCCACCAUCAACCCCUCAUAGGACGUCGAUGAUACCUAGCGAUGAACAGACGUCGCCGAUCUCUUCUAGGACCAGUGAACAACCGCCACCUUAUUCCCCUUGGAGCAUUAGUACAUUUGUAUGAUAUUCUGAACUGCUGGCUUAGCUACAUAGUACAAGGGGGCAUGGCUCCCCCAAUCGAUUGGCAAACAAAAUAAUAAAAGAUAUAU